UUCGCUUAUUCUUCUUCGAAGGUCGAAUAAACCAAAACCCUAGAAAUAUUUCGUUAUUUUUCUGAGAAAACCUGAUUGCUGCGCAGGAGAGAUACGAUGAAGGCAGGAACAUUGCAGAUAAAUUGGCAUGAUGGGAAGCCGGUGCUAACCCUAGAUUUUCACCCGGUUUCCGGGUUACUCGCCACGGGCGGAGCCGAUUUCGACAUUAAGCUUUGGUUAAUAAACUCGGGUCAAGCCGAGAAAAAGGUCCCCAGUGUAUCAUAUCAAAGCAGCCUUUCUUACCAUGGAUGCGCUGUGAAUACGCUUCGUUUCUCACGAUCCGGGGAAUUACUUGCCUCAGGAGCAGAUGGAGGCGAGCUUAUCCUAUGGAAGCUACAUCAUAGUGAAACCAGCCAGACCUGGAAAGUGCACAAGUCUUUAUCAUUUCAUCGGAAGGAUGUGCUCGAUCUUCAGUGGUCUCCAGAUGAUGCUUUCUUGAUUUCUGGAUCAGUGGAUAACUCUUGUAUUAUAUGGGAUGUGAACAAAGGUUCCGUCCAUCAGAUACUGGAUAGCCACUGCCAUUAUGUUCAGGGCGUUGCCUGGGAUCCCUUGGCAAAAUAUGUAGCUUCUCUGAGUUCAGACCGAACUUGCCGCAUUUAUGUGAAUAAGCCUCAAACAAAGAGUAAAAGUGGUGAAAAGAUGAAUUAUGUUUGUCAACAUGUAAUUGCAAAAGCAGAUCAACAACAGGGAGGUGACACUAAGACAAUCAAAAGCCAUCUCUUUCAUGAUGAGACAUUACCUUCUUUCUUCCGAAGAUUAUCAUGGUCGCCAGAUGGGUCAUUUUUACUCAUUCCAGCAGGUUCUUUCAAACUUUCACCUGCAUGUGAUGCCGUAAACACCACGUAUGUCUUCUCAAGGAAGGACCUUUCAAGACCUGCAUUACAGCUUCCAGGUGCUAGCAAGCCUGUUGUAGCGGUUCGUUUCUGCCCUGUGGCAUUCAAACUCCGGGGUUCAAACUCUGGUUUCUUCAAGCUUCCCUAUCGACUUGUGUUUGCCAUUGGGAGUCUGAAUUCGGUUUACAUAUAUGACACAGAGAGUGUUGCUCCGAUAGCAGUUUUAGCAGGUCUGCAUUAUGCUGCAAUAACAGAUAUGUCAUGGUCACCUAAUGCCUCAUAUCUGUCAUUGUCCUCACAAGAUGGCUACUGCACAAUAGUUGAGUUCGAAGAAAAUGAACUUGGAGAGCCAUUCUCCUCUUCAGAAGGAAAGAAACCCGAGGAAUGUGAAGAGAGAAGGUCGGUUAUCGAGAAACCCGAUGAUCUGAUGACUGAAGCCGGAGCAGAUGAUGACAAUAAGAACCAAUCAGAACCGGAGAGAAAGGAAGAAGCAAGGUCAGACGAUGGCAAGGAACAACCAGAACCGGAGAAACAGCCAUUACCGAGCAAAAUUACCACAACAGCCCCAGAAAAACCGGCGAGGAAGCGAAUCACACCAAUGGCUGUAGACCCAUGAUGACAAGUUUCAGUCUCAAGUAUGAAUUUUAGGCUAUUUGAUCUCACUUGUGAUUUUUGGGUAUGCUUUUCUAUGUUCCAAUACGGCUUCCUCUGCCCACCUUACCCGGAGAGAUUUUCUUGUGAAAACUUGGUUAAUCCAAUCAGAAAACCGGAGCCUAAUUUACCAAAGGUACCAACAUUACCGUA